GGAGUGUCUGCACAGAGCCUUGCAGAGAUCGCUGAGAGUGUGAACGGAAUACUCGUGUGGGCUCAGCAAUACGGUCUGAGAUUAAACGGAAAGUGAUCACUGAUCAGAGAGAUGUUAACGUGUGUCUGGGGUAGAUGAGAAAACCCCCCUCAGGGUGUGACCAUAACCUGAAAUUGCGGUGAAGGUACAAGCCAGAUGGAGGUGACUAUCCCAUAAUCCUCAGCUGUCAUGAACAAGUACAAGGCAAAGACUGGAUUGGUGAGGAAGCUAACCAGAGGAGGCCCUCCCAAGUUAUUCCUCAUGAAAACCAAGAAAGGAGAUCAUCCAAAGGGAAGCCAAGGCGGGAUGGAGGGCAAUUGCAGGUUUCGGAGGAAUCAGGCUGGAGUGACCACCUCUGACCUCCAGGAGGAUGAGGCAACUGGAGCCUGGACGAGGGGCAACCGUUCUGAGGUUCCCAAUGUCUCAGCGUGGUCCAUGACCCCAGGGAUUGAUGAUUCAGUCUUUGAAGAGAGUGUGGCGAGUGGAUAUCCAGGAGAGGAAGAUGAAGGAAAGGUGUGUCAUUCCUCACUGAGCAAGCCCGGGGUCAGAGGACAGGAAGGCCCCCUGAUCCAGGCCCCUGUCAAACACGGAAUCAAAUCGGGGAAGGGAGCGAGAGUGAGAAGGAAGAGGUGGACCAAGGGAGUGAGGGGGUCAGGCACUGCCUGGAGAUCUCUGAUCUGUGUGAAGAAAACGAGACAGCACCAAGAGGAGGAGGAGGAGGAGGAAGGGUCUCCGAAUGGUCAGCGAGUGGCUCAGACUCUGAUCAAGGCUGAGAGGGAGGGCCGGAGCUGCCUUCCUGCACAGAUAGCUGAGUGUCAGGGAGACGUUCCUGGACCCCCCUGGCACAGUACUGCAGGCUGCGACUCGAACCUCUCCUCACCAAGAGGGCCUGGCCUCAGUGCUCAAGCCCAGGAAGAUCCCAGUGAACCCAAAGCAGCCCUCCAGGAAGGGGAACCGGAGUUUCAGAGAUCGGGCAGUCGCUCCAAGCUGAGGAGAAGGUCCAGCGGCUGGGCUUCCUUCAGGUACCUCAUGAAGUCGAGAAAGGACUGGAGAAGUUUCGCCGAGAGAAACACUGAUCUCUCAGGCAGCCAGAACCAGUCGGAGACCGGAAUCCUACCGGAUUCCCAGGAAUCUGAACUAACUGCCUCAUCCGACUCAAAGGCAUCGCUCAGAAAGCAAAUCGGAGAGGAGGGAGACCGGAGUCCAAGUGAAAAUUCCGAGGCAGCUGCCUAUUGCUCAAGUCCCCCACAUGCAGAUAAUGAAACCCUUCAUUCCCAAACGGUGGCCGUGUCACUGAAUAAGCACCAAGAUCCUUCAGUACCAGAUGCCUCUAAGGAUUCCCAGGCUGAGAUCCACUGGGACAGGGUGGAAGAGAGAGUCAUGAUCAAAGGAUCUCCCCCAGCAACAUCUCAGGAUGAGGUGGAGCUUUCCAAUGACAAUGGGCAAGAGACAUUGGUUGAUAGCAGACAAGAUGGCAGCCAGUGGUCAUGUGACUUUGAGUUUGUGCCAUUGAUACCACAGGGAAUGCAAUGUGAGAUUGGCAGUGCCAAAGUAAACCCAUCUUACCCUCUGGGCACUGAUGGGUUUCCAGGUCAUUUACAGGAAAAGUUGACUCUAGAUGCUUUAGGACCUGUUAUCGAGACAGAGAGACAAGAGCUGGCGAGGGGAAUGCAGUCUGAUUCCAGACUCGCUCCAAUAGAACGUGCUGAUUUGCAAAGGCCAAGCACCAUUCUGUUGCAAUCACUCCCAUUGACAAAGGAAGAAACAUCCCCAGAGCCAUUGACCAUUGAGAAGGCUGCACAGAAUCCAAUCCAGGAGUCAGCUGAACAGCAAUGGUGCAAUCUCACUGAGUUAAGCAUCAGGAAGACCACAAAUCCUGGCUGCUUCUCUCCAAAUGGUAACACUAAGCAAGUACAAGAUGUGCAGGUGGGUGCGACUGGGACAUCACUGGGAUUUAUUGAACAAGGAAUAAACAUUGUUAGAGCCACUGCUCCCCCCGACUGUGGCUCUGUCCGUUCCCCCAGCUGCUCUGAGGAAGAUGUUACUGCUGGAUGUCAAGGUCAUCACCGUGUGAAUUGGGAUGGCUUGUCAGAGGAGGGGUGCUGGGCAGCAGAUGGGCAAGGAGACACUGACCCUCUGAGUGAUGUUGUUCCUGGAGCAGGGAGCCAGGAGGCAGCCUUACUUCACACAGCCUCCUGUAUUGUGCAGUCAGCGAUGCAGGCUGCAGUGGAGCAAGUGGCUGGAGAAACUGCGAUGACAAUCCUUCCAGAAAACUGUCCCCUGUCGGAACCUCGGGAUUCAUAGUGGAUGCAUGAGGAGUGUGAGCCAGACAACGGCAGAGUUCAAACCUCAACUGGUUUCAUGUUUAACAACAAAAUCUUCGCUCCUCCCAUUGCAAAUCUUCACUCCUCUCUCUCUGUGACAAUGCUCUCUCAAAAUGACAGCUAUUCAGCCAGGAAACCUGCACCCUCUCUCUCACUCCCUUGACCACUCUCUGUUUCUCUUUGCCCUGACCACGCUCUCUCUCUCUCUCACUGC